UUACAGUUCUCUUACCUAAAGAACAACUCCAACCGAUAAGCCUAGAACAGCCCACAUCAGCAUCGCGCCCACACUAACACCCACGCCAACACCAGAUAACCACGCCUACACCAACAGCCACGCCACAGGAGGGGGUGAAGGUCAUGACGUGAUCACGUCCGGGUGAUAGGGUCAGGGCCUCGAGAGGACUCACUGGAGGUAUAAAUCUGAGUGAUAGAGAGUGUACCACCGCCAGACAGCUUCCUCCUCCAGGGUGGGUCUCACCUUCACACCGACGCCACUGCAGCCGACAUGAUCACACCUCGUGUUGUAUGCGUCAUCGUGGUGGUGGCAGUUGGGGUCCACGCUGAGGGCCCUCACAGCAGCCCACACCCGGCGCCGGCAGCCCACGCAGUUGCGGGUCCGUCCCCCACCAUCUUCCGUGAGUCUGUUGUCAAGUCGAAGAGUGUGGGUACCGGCAAGGGGAUCCCGAACGACCUUGGGGUUCACGGCGGUUCAGCAAUUCAUGAUACUUCGGCCCAUGGUCCAGUGUCCCAUGGCGAUUCAGUGUUCCGUAGUGGUCCAGUGUCACAUGGUGGUGGAAUGUUCCAUAGUGGUCCAGUGUCACAUGGUGAUGCAGUGUUCCACAGUAAACCAGUGAAGCUUGGUGGUUCAGUGUCCCAUGCUCCAGUGUCACAUGGUGAUGCAGUGUUCCCCAGUGAACCACUGAAUCAUGGUGUUUCAGUGUCCCACGCUCCAGCGAACCAAGGUUACCCAGUGACCCACAGUGGUUCUAUAGUCCACAGUGGCCCACUAGUUCACAGUGGUUCAGCGGUUCAUGGUAGUCCAAUAACUCAUGGUAGUCUAGUGUCUCACGGUGAUUUAUUGGCAUUUGGUAGUCCAGUUCUCCACGGUGGUUCAAUGGUUCCGGGUGGCCUGGUGUUCCACGGGGGUUCAGCCGUUCAUAGUGGCCCAAUAGUUCACGAUGGUUCAGUGGUUCAUGAUGGUUCAGUGUCCCAUGAUGCAUAUCGGGCUCCAGUGAUCCACAAAACGACAGUAAUUCAUCAGAAUCCGAUCCUAAAGACAGACGAUCAUGGACCAAUAGUUUCAGGUCCAGCGGUCCACGCUCGAAUAGCUGCCCCUGAUGUUCCCGUAGCUGCUGGUCCGGUGAUCUCCGCCCCUGUGGUUCACAAGGCUCCAUCUGUGUCCUACUCAUAUGGGCGGCCUCAGCACGCUCCAGUGCUCUCCCAGUACCAAGCUCAGGAUAAGCUCGGCCAGUACUCCUUCGGGUAUAACGCUGGCGACUCUGCCCGUGACGAGAGCCGUGAUGCUUACGGUAACGUCCGCGGCUCCUUCAGCUACGUCGACGACUACGGUAAAAUUCAGACACAGCACUACGUCGCUGAUGGCUACGGCUUCCGUGUAGCCGGCACGAACUUGCCCGUUCAUGUCACUGAGGUGCCAUCUUACCGCCACAAGCGCUCCUACGCCACCUUCCCCGCCUCAACUGGACCUCUGGGAUCCGACGCCUACGGUGGCCCUAUCACGACUGUCAGUCGCGUCGUGAACGGCCCCGUCGUAGUGAGCCAGCCUGAUCCCCACGGGAGCUCAUAUGGCCAUGACAGCUUUACCCUCGGUAGCUCCCUCCACGGUGUCUCCACUUCCUACAGCGGGCCUUCGGGCUACGACACAAUUGGCAGAGUUUCUAGUCUCCUCGGCGAUUCAAACUUACACGGCAAUUUUAACCGCUACGGCAAAAACGGAUAUUCCUUUGGGUUCGAGACCGGCCCGUCCUCACUAACCACCUACGGUACUCACUUCGAUCAACAGAACCGAAGAUACGGCGCACACUAGAUUUCACGAGGGAAGUCCUUUGUUGUCUCCCAUGACGGGGAGA